AAGAUAAGAACAAAAUGAAAUAAGGAAAAAAAAAGAGAGGAUAUUUAGUAGUUCAUCUUCACCUUCCUCGUUGUCUCCUCACACUGUAAAAGACUUGAAACUCAUAUAAAAUCUGAAGCUUCUCUCUAUUUCUUCUUUCAUUUUCAUCAUCACUCUUCUUCUCUCUUUCCAUGGCUUUAGUUCGUGAACGUCGUCAGCUAAAUCUCCGUCUUCCUCUUCCUCCGAUUUCCGACCGCCGCUUCUCCGUCUCCUCCUCCGUCACCACCACCACCGUCGCUGCUACCUCCGGCUGUAAUGGAAUCUCCGCCGGUGAUCUCGAGAAACUCAACGUUCUCGGAUGCGGUAACGGCGGGAUUGUUUAUAAAGUCAGUCAUAAAACCACAUCGGAGAUCUACGCUUUGAAAACAGUUAACGGCGACAUGGAUCCGAUUUUCACAAGGCAAUUGAUGCGAGAGAUGGAGAUUCUCCGCCGUACAGAUUCACCGUACGUCGUUAAAUGUCACGGAAUCUUCGAGAAACCUGUCGUCGGUGAAGUAUCGAUUCUAAUGGAGUAUAUGGACGGAGGAACCCUAGAAUCACUACGCGGCGGCGUAACGGAGCAAAAACUCGCCGGAUUCGCUAAGCAGAUCUUAAAAGGAUUAAGCUAUUUACACGCUCUUAAGAUCGUUCAUCGUGAUAUCAAACCGGCGAAUCUGCUUCUCAAUUCGAGAAACGAAGUUAAAAUCGCUGAUUUUGGAGUUAGUAAGAUCUUAGUACGAUCAUUAGAUUCGUGUAAUUCGUAUGUUGGUACUUGUGCUUAUAUGAGUCCGGAGAGGUUUGAUUCAGAAUCUUCCGGUGGAAGUUCCGAUAUCUACGCCGGAGAUAUCUGGAGUUUUGGAUUGAUGAUGCUUGAGCUACUCGUUGGUCAUUUUCCGUUACUUCCGCCGGGACAGAGACCUGAUUGGGCCACGCUAAUGUGCGCGGUGUGUUUUGGAGAACCGCCGCGAGCGCCGGAGGGAUGUUCUGAAGAGUUUAGGAGCUUCGUUGAGUGUUGUCUACGUAAAGAUUCGAGUAAGCGAUGGACGGCGUCGCAGCUUCUUGCUCAUCCUUUUCUCCGGGAAGAUCUCUGAUUCGAUUCCUUUUGUAACAGAAUCUGGAAUCUUAAAGUUGGAAUAUUAGAUUUUAUUUUUUGUAGAGUUUUCUGGAGAUAUUAUGAUGGUAAUUUUUGUACAUAUAUAUACUCCAGAAUUUUAUGGGAAAAUCGUUCUUGUAAGAACCCUUAAUUUUUAAGAUCAUCAAAUUAUGUUCUUCAAUUUUUCA